AUGAAAAAACUGGCCUACAGUACCUCCAUUCUGCCAGCUACUUCGCUCUUCUUCUCCUCUGCUUCUUCUCCUUCUCUGUCAUACGCACAGUCCUCAAUGCCUAGCUCCCGCUCGGCGGAGCUCAACGUGGGCGGAGUCAAACGUUUGACUCCGCCCACGUUGAGCUCCGCCCCGAUCUGCGGACUGCAGUCAGGGGCUACUCGCCACACUCACACGGAGUUUUACCUCACCCGACUCGACGUUGAACCUCUCCUCUGCGCAUGCGCGGGUGUAGCGGUCCAGCAGCCUUCAGCUUUGAUCCAAACGGCGCCUUUUCUCCGCGUUUACCCUGAAAUAAGCCGCUUCAUCACGAGCCUCUAUGACCCAGCCAACAUCACAGCCACACGGGAAGCAGUCACACUACACUCGAGGUGA